CUCUCUCUCUCUUGCAUAUUACUUGUAGCUUUUCAAUUAAAGCCAUGAAUAUGAUAUAAUAUCCUUGUUGACUUAGUUUAUUCAGUGAUGGAUUUGGAUUCUUGGAUGUAGCCACAAUUGGUAUUCUUGAGUAUAACUUAUCAAUUUGCGGCAGCUGGUCUGUAAUUCAAACGGCUGGAUUAUUGAUUUCUGUUUUGGAUAAUGUCUUCUGUUGUUAAGGCGAUAUAAGCUUGGCACGUUAUGGGAAACAGUGAAUCAUCGCCUGAUGAUUAUGACAACUUUUCACGUCAACCAGCUGAACACGGAGGAUACACGGUUGAAACUGGCUACAGACCUCAAUCCCCGGAGCAUGCCACAAGUUCAACACAAACUAGUUAUCAGCAUCAUGCCUCGGUAGAUACAAGAAAUUCGAUGGAGACUAACAACUAUUGGAAGAAACAGCAUUCUGCGUACAUAGCAGAUAACUUCAACUCUUUGGACGAGGUUAUCAAUGCAUUAAGAGAAGCUGGCUUGGAAUCAUCAAAUCUGAUCCUUGGAAUCGAUUUUACCAAGAGCAAUGAAUGGACAGGAAGGUACUCUUUUCACAGAAAAAGCCUCCAUGCUAUCGGUAGCACUCCUAACCCUUACGAGCAAGCCAUUUCCAUUAUUGGAAGAACUCUAUCUCCCUUUGAUGAAGACAAUCUAAUACCUUGCUUUGGAUUUGGUGAUGCAACGACGCAUGAUCAGCAUGUAUUCAGCUUUUACCCUGAUCAUCGACCUUGCAAUGGGUUCGAGGAAGUACUUGCUCGAUACAGAGAAAUCGUUCCACUUCUGAAUCUAUCGGGCCCAACGUCGUUUGCACCAGUAAUUGAUGCAGCGGUUCGUAUAGUAGAGAAUAACAAUUUCCAGUAUCAUGUCCUGGUUAUCAUCGCAGAUGGACAGGUAAAUAGAAGUCCCGACACGUUACCUGGCAAGUUAAGUCCCCAAGAACAAGCAACUAUCAAUUCAGUAGUUGCUGCAAGCAACUAUCCCCUCUCCAUCAUUCUAGUCGGUGUGGGAGAUGGACCGUGGGAUGAGAUGAAAGCAUUCGAUGAUAACCUUCCUCAACGAGCAUUUGACAACUUUCAGUUUGUCAACUUCACAAAGAUCAUAUCCGAGCAAACGGAGACAGAUAAAAAGGAAUCAGCAUUCGCCCUUGCUGCUUUGAUGGAAAUUCCACUUCAGUACAGUGCAACACUGACACUACGAUAUAACGAAAGCCACAGUUCAGGUCCUAGGAAACUACCUCUUCCUCCUCCUAGUGCAAUAAUCGACCACGAUAAGGAAAAAGCUGCAAAAGCAAUUGCGCAUAUGAUCAGCCGAGAAGCAGCUGAAUCUGCAGGACCACCGACUGAACAAGCAUGCCCGAUCUGCUUAACCAAUCGGAAGGACUUGGCUUUCGGCUGUGGACAUCAGACAUGCAGGGAUUGUGGCGCGUCGUUAUCUUCGUGCCCUUUGUGCCGGAAGCCUAUUACUACUCGUCUUCGACUGUACGGCUGACAUGGAGACUUGUAGCUCGAACGAUGCAGCUCAUCUUGAAAUUUGAAGGCCCUCUGCUCUACAUUGUAUGUUUGGUCUUCUUUGUCUUGUUAAAAAAAUUCAUUUAUUUCUGAGUUCAAUGAUGGGAGUGGUCUAUGCAACUAUUGUUGAGGAGAGAAUGAUUUAUUUCUUCAAAGCGAUAUGUAGAGUCUUAGUGAAUCAGCUUAUGCACUUAUAAAUCAACUCUUUCCAAUACAUCAUUUGCCACUCA